UCAGCAGCCCGUAUAGCCUUGAUGUCUUUGAAGGCCAUCUGUAUUGGACAUCUAAAGAAAGAGGAGAAGUCUGGAAAAAAGACAAGUUUGGAAAUGGAGAAAAAGUCAAACUGUUGACUAUAAACCCAUGGCUCACUCAAGUCCGGGUCUAUCACCAACACAGAUGCAACCAGUCAGUGUCCAAUCCAUGCAAAGAUGUCUGCAGUCACCUCUGCUUGUUGAGACCUGGGGGAUAUACCUGUGCUUGUCCACAAGGGGCUCGUUUUGUGGAAGGCAGCUCAGUAGAAUGUGACGCAGCUAUUGAAUCUCCGCCAACAAUGCCCCCGGCUUGCAGAUGUCUGUAUGGAGGAACAUGCUAUUUUGAUGAAAGCGAGCUUCCUAAAUGCAAGUGCUCCUCGGGCUACACUGGAAAUUUCUGCGAAGUGGGCCUGUCAAAAGGGAUUCCUCCCGGAACAACAGCAGUGGCUGCCUUAUUAACGGUCAUUCUGAUCAUCAUCAUUGGCGCACUGGGCGUGGGUGCCUUUUUUAAUUACAGACGGACAGGAUCCCUGCUACCUGCCCUUCCCAAACUUCCGAGUUUAAGUAGUCUUGUAAAAUCCACGGAAAAUGGCAAUGGAGUAACUUUCCGACCUGGGGCUGAUGUGACAAUGGACAUUAAUGUAUCUGGUUUUGGAGCUGAAUCUUCGAUUAACAGAGCAAUGCAAAUGAAUGAAAACUUUGCUUUGGAAACUGGGAAGCAGCCAAUUACAUUUGAGAAUCCUAUGUACGCAACAAAAGACACCAGAGGUGACGAUGUGAUUGUAGCAUCUCCAACAAAAGUAACUGCUUCCACUAGUGAAGGAAACGAAAACUUUGAGAAUCCCGUAUACGCCACACCUGUAUCUGCUGAUGCAGCUCAGCCUUCUGCAAGUACAGAAACUAGCCAGGAAUCAAAAUGGAGCUUCUUUAAAAGAAGAAUGAAACAAAGUACUAACUUUGAAAAUCCCAUCUAUUCAGAGAUGGAGAAAGAACAGCAAGCAGAAGCUGAAAGUGCCCCUUCCUCCUCUCCAUCGCUGCCCCAGAAGAUUAUUUUGACAAGAGACCCACCGUUAGCCUAUUCAGCGACUGAAGAUUCAUUUAAAGACACUGUCAAUCUAGUCAAAGAGGAUUCUAUUGUAUAACCAAUUCAAUUAGGGAAUCUCUAGACACUACCAUUUGCACAUACAUUUUUUGGUAAACAGAAGGAUGAAAAAUGGUUCAUAUUUCUGUGAAGAAAUAUGUUUAGCCUUAGGUGGAAACAUGUGUCAAAACCAUGCCUCGUUCUCUUCUUUUUCUUUUUUUUUUACACACGCCAAUGCCUAUUUUUAUGAGUAAUUAUCACAGUGUACUAUAUGUAUAUCUUUGCACUGACACUCUGAAAGUAAUAUUAUAAAUAUGCUGUACAUUUGUAAAUUUCUAAAAGAUUAUCAGGUUGUUGAUGUCGAUAUUCUAAAAUCGUAUCACCAGGGAUAAAUCCUCUAUAUAAUAUCAUUAUACUAAAUAAUAUAGAGGAGAGCAUAGUGACCGUCUAUUGAAUUGCCAGGACUUUUGGAACUAUAUUUAUAGGCAGACUCUGCUAAAUAUGCACUAGUGUUACUGUGCAUCUCUCCUCUGUUUUAUAUGCAAGAGUCCAUGAAAAAAAUGGCCCUCUUUUUAUAUAAUAUAGAAGAUGAUAGCUAAUUGUUCCAAGGAGCAAAACAAAACAAAAUGCCACAAAUUUUAUUUUGUAUUAAAAGCUUGUCUUUUGAUUGGAGAGCCUCCUGAUUAUCAGAGAAAUAAUUCCAUUCUAGGGUGAAGUCUGUGUAAGUCUUUCAUAUUUUAUUAAACUGGCUAUCCAAAAUGCUUGAUUAAAGAACUCCUUUAGAAAGCAUCAUUUGAUCCCUUUAUGGAAAAUCUGUGGACCACUCCAGGAAUAUUUAACCUGCUGUUUUGUUUUAUAUUCCUGGUCUAACUGUUAAUGUCUAAGUCCAGGCUAAUAAAUUUAUAAUGUAUGAGACUUCUGCUCUUUGAAUAUAUGUUAAUUUUCAAAGUGAAAUGCUGUCCCUGUUUUUAUGUUUUUGUUGCCUGGGUAGUUACUGUGAUUAGAAAAAGAAAACUGGAAUAUGCUGCUGCUGAAUAAAUCUAAAGUAUUUUAUCAUUUCUUGUCUUUUUUCUUAAUUUGAUUAGAAUCAGGACUGCAGAGAGGUAGGAACUAGGCCCUGGCAUAUGAAUUUAAAGGACCUGAAACCUACUUUUUUCUCUCUCCUCCGAAAUCAUGCAGUCAUGCUGGUUCAAGUUGCUUUUCUCUUUUUCCUUGGCUAUAAUGAGAAGUAACAACUUUACAAAGGAUAAAGAAACAAUGUCUGACAAACUGAACUGUCUGACAAACUCAUACAGAUUAUCAAAGUAUGGGAAAGAAUGUAAUGCUGUGACUCAGAAGCUGUGAAAUGGCCUGUGGAAGAAUGUAAAACAUAAACAGCAUAACAAUACUGUGGUAAAAC